AUGCCUGGCCACACCUUCCACCUCUCCGACAGGGAGAUCGCCCUGCUGCUUGCGACGCUGGCCCCCGCAGCGCUGCCGCCGGAGCUGCAAAACUUCCGCAACGCGCUGCAGACGUACUGGUCCGCGGUGGGCGCCGCCGGCGAUGCGGGCGGUCCGUCUCGUAGCAGCAGCCUGCCUGCCCCGCAGCUGUUCUCGUCGAUGCCCGUGGGGAUGGACGAGCAGGGGGCGACCGUGUUAGACGUCGCUUGGGUGCCGCCGUCCUCUUCGAUCCCGCCGAGCGGUCCUGGAGAGAGCGCGGUCGAGGCGAAGAGGAAAGCGGAGACGCCUCCAGGAUCGGCAAAAAAGCCGCGCUUCGUCGCAAGCAGCAGCAGUAGUACGAACAGCAGCAGUACGGCGAGCAGCGGCAGCACGGCGAACAGUAGCAGUACGAUAGACAGCGCCGCCGCGCCGACCCCUCGCCCACAGACGGUCGACAACUUCAUCACAGAGCUCGCCGGCUGCCUAGCCGCAUCUGCGAGUGGCAUCCCAUACUGGGCGACGACGUGCCUCUCGACAUUCAGCAGCAGAGCUGAGGUGGUGCACGAGUCGUUGUCGUCCAUAGUACCCCUGUGCAGCCUCAGGUCCGGCUCGCGGGGAUUCAAGGAGUGGUUCCUGAAUAUGGUUCACAUGAUGCAGCUGACGGCGAAAUGCGAGAGCAUCAUGCAGCAGACAGGGAAGUCGUUGUUGAGGAUACACAGAGAAGACCUGAACUCGAAUGCUGGGUCAAGUAAACCUACGUAUUCCACCUUCAAGAGGUGGCAUUGGUUGGGAAGCAGGUAUAGCGCGGUAGCAGCGGGAGGAUCGAUCUACAUCCUCGUGCUCAUUGUUGGCUCGAAUCUGAGAAAUCAUAUCAUAGAGAUGGAGGAAGAUGUGCUGCAACAGGUUAUCAAUGUCCUCCGAUCUCCAGAAAAGAAUGAUCCUGCCGGGAAAAUCGUCAUCGACCAAAUCAUACCUGCUGUUGCGCGGCUCUACGUGCUGCGGCCGCUCAAGCUGUCGUGCAUGUUCUCCAUAGCGAUACUGGCUCAAGCGGAGCUUCGGUGGAAUGCCAGCUGUACCGAUUUGGAGGCGUCUGACAAGUUCUUUAGCGCGAUCGCGUCCAGUAAAUUCACCUUGGCUAGUCGGGCAUCCUCCGCAUGGGAGGCGUGCCGUACUGAGCCUGAUCUGCCAAAAACCGUCGAGAGCACUGAACAAACCAAGUCAACUUCUGAAAACGCAUCAGGGCGCGCAGCCUCCACGUCGCCUCCCGGCUGGAAAAUUGACGAUACGUUCGCACUCCCUGAUGUUGAAGGGUUCAAGUCGGACAUCUUCGACCUAGAUCUAGAGUUUGCGCCAGGUUCGCCCACCGAAUUGAUACACGGUGCCACGGAAGAGUCCUCUCAGGUAGAAACCAAUGAGAUCGUAGCUAGCAUAGAGGGGUCUGAAGAGGUGGAUGUCAAUGAGUCUGUCUGA